AUGACACAGGUAUCACAAACUAUAAGAGAACGCUUCAUAUUAAAUGGAGACAAUCCAUCUGUUUCGUUGGAGUUUUUCCCACCUAAAACAGAAGCAGGUAAACAGAAUCUAUUAGCACGUAUGGGUCGUAUGUGUACUGCUUUAAACCCAUUAUUUAUCACAAUCACUUGGGGCGCAGGUGGUACUACUUCUGAAAAGACUUUAGAGCUAGCAUCAAUUGCUCAAAAUGCAUUUAAUGUUCCAGUCUGUUUACAUUUGACAUGUACUAAUACUGCUAAAUCUGUAAUCGACCAUGCUUUACAAACAGCUCAAAAAGUUGGUAUUAGAAAUAUUUUGGCCUUGAGAGGCGAUGCACCAAUUUCUGACAUCUAUGAGAAGCAACAACAGGACCAAGAAGGUGGAGGUGGAGAUGAGGAAAUUUUUAACUUUAAUUAUGCCGUAGAUUUGGUUCGUUAUAUUAAGCAGGUCUAUGGUGAAUAUUUUUGUAUUGGUGUUGCUGCCUAUCCAGAAGGCCACUGUGAUAGUGAGGCUGAGAUUAAUUCAAAAAGUUUUCUACGUGAUUUACCAUUUUUAAAACAAAAGAUUGAAGCUGGUGCUGAUUUUGUAAUUACUCAAAUGUUUUAUGAUGUUGAUAAAUUUUUAAGUUUUGAAAAGGUUUUUAGAGAACAGAUUUCUUCAGCUAUACCUGUUAUUCCUGGGUUGAUGCCAAUUAAUAAUUUUAUGAUUUUCAAUAGAGCUUCCAAGUUAUCACAUGCCUCUAUUCCGCAAGCCAUUCUCGAUAAAUUUCCCAUUGAUUUGAGAAGUGAUGACGACGUUGUCAAAUCUAUCGGUGUUGAUAUCCUAGUGGAUAUGGUUUCUAGAAUAUAUACAGGUACCAAUGGUAGAGUUAAAUGUUUUCACAUGUAUACUUUGAAUUUGGAGAAAUCAAUUGCCCAGAUUGUCAGUAGGUCACCAUUAUUAUCACAAAUAUUGGAGGAUGAGCAUAAUAAUACGGUUACUGAGAUGGUUAUUGCGGAUGAUUCAGAUUCUACUAACAAAGAUGAUGCUAUUGUGGAAAAAAAGAGAAGAAGACAAUCUAGUAGCCAUUCACAAGAAAAUUAUCGAAGUAUUUUAAAAAAAGAUUUGGAUACUAAUAUUAUUACCUCAGGUCAACCAUCAAGGAAAAUGUUAGUUUCUAUAUCUCAAGGUACAGGCACCUUGGGAAGGGAUGCUACGUGGGACGAGUUUCCUAAUGGGAGAUUUGGUGAUAGCAGGUCACCUGCAUUUGGUGAAAUUGAUGGGUAUGGUCCAUCGCUAAAAGUCAGUCCCCAAACCGCAUACAAAAUUUGGGGAUAUCCUAAUAAGUUGCAAGAUAUUGUAAAUUGUUUUGUGAGGUACCUACAAGGCUCCAUUCCGUCGUUACCAUGGUCUGAUAUUGGUUUAAGUGCAGAAACGGCCUUAAUUCAAGAAGAGUUGAUUCAACUGAAUGAAAGGGGAUAUUUGACAUUAUCAUCCCAACCUUCCACAAAUGCUUCUUCAAGUACAGAUAAGAUUUUUGGUUGGGGUCCAGUAGGUGGACACGUUUAUCAAAAGGCAUUUGUUGAAUUCUUCGUAGGCAAGCACGACUGGGAACAAAACUUGAAACUUAAAUUGAAUGGGUUAAAUCAAAAAACUGGCAAUAAUAUAAUCACCUAUUAUAUGGGGGAUGCAGAGGGUAAUUUUGAAACCAAUAUGGAACCAAAUAGUUCAAGUGUUGUUACAUGGGGUGUAUUCCCCAAUAGCGAGGUGCAACAGACCACCAUAGUAGAGGAGGAAUCCUUCAAGGCUUGGAGAGACGAAAGUUUUAGUAUCUGGUUGGAAUGGGCUAAAUUGUUUCCUAGAAAUAGUACUUCUAACAAUUUUUUGAAACAUAUUUAUUCUAAAUAUUGUUUAGUAGCUAUUGUAUAUCAUGAUUUUACAAAUUUUGAAGGAUUGUGGGAAUCCCUUUUAGAUAGUUAG